AAUCAAAUUUUAGAGUAACAAAAUGGCCGCUCCAAAUCACACCACGACAGAGGAAGAAGGCGAAGAGAACGUUAGUUUAUGGUCUGAAGUAUUGGAGGAUGUGAUUGGCUCUAGUAAUAAAACCGUAAAGGCUGCAUCUAAAAACGUUCUUGUUCUUGGUGAAGUAUGUUCAGGCAAGUCCACAUUGAUUGAUAGAUUGUGCAGUGUAUCAAGAAGAGGUGGAAAGCGUUCAUCUUCCUCUCAUAACAAGAAGUACCUCUUAUCAGGCUGCAGUUUAGAGUAUCGACCAGUUGAUGUCUAUGAUGAUGAAACUGAUGGUAAGUGA